GUAAAAGAUUUGAAGCCAUUAUUGAUGGAUCCAAUCGACUCUUCAGAUGUGUAUCACUAUGCAAUAGUGAAAUAGGGGAAAAGCAAUUGCUACAGCUAUCAAAACAUUCUGAACAAUUUGAAGAAAUAUAUAUAUGUGGAGCCGUAGAAAUAUGUGUUGACCCCACAGAUUUCGAUAAUCAUCUGAUACAGAGCCUAACAUUUAGCACAAAUCUAUAUUAUCUCAUGCUGGAUACCACAAGUAUUUCUACAUUGACAUUCCUACGAUUUACACCAAAUUUGAAGGUUCUGUCCAUAGAGCACUGCAAUAAUUUGGUUAGUGAUGACAUUGCCUCAUUGAAGUACUGCAAGAAUGUAGAACAGAUCCAUAUGUCCCAUACUGGAAUUACAGCCAGAAGUAUUUUUGAACUGUGUGCUAAAUGCAGAUUUGGUGAACUCAUAGUAUUGGACUGCCAAGGAAUAGAAUUCAUAUUUUCGGAAACUCUAGCAUUGACAACCAUUCAGAAGGACCUUAUAUAUUUUGGACUUUCCCUGUUCCCAACUUUUACCAGGGAAACAUUUGAGGUGUUUUUUUAGAAAAAGGUUUGUAUCAUUGUCCAUGGGAAAACUUAAAUGGAUACUGGGUGAUGAUGCAUACAUAAAUGGGGGAUGAGAUAUAUGGGCAAUUUUCAAUACUAUUUCAAAACGAUUUUUACAAGAGUAACCAAUAAUGUUUUAAAAAAAGAAGGUUUUAAAAAUUUGAUACCCAUUGAUUUUAGUGAAUUGAUG